GAUCCAAAACACUUGAUCUGAUCUCAAUGUCACAUCCCUAAAUGAUUGUAAAUGUAUUUUUUUUUUCAAUUAAAUAUGCUUUAUGUAUGCUCAUUAGGUUCUAGCUCUCCUUUAAUCAAAAACUAAGUUGAUGAUUUUUUGUAUGUUACCCUGAUGCAGAGUUGUUCGAUGCGGUUGCAGUCUAAUGAUAUCACUCUGGAAUUGAUGAUGCUAUGCAGAGGGAGGUAUGCAUUGCUAGGCUCCUCCAUUUCUAUCAGUUUAUUUGUGUGAUGAUAUCCUCUGAAUGUUAUUAUAUAGGUUUGACAAGCUCAGUUCUCAUGUAUGCAGCAUUGGGUUUGUAAAGUUGAAAUUGACCUCUUUGCAAACGAUCCAGUAUUGCUAAUUUUGCUAAUUGGAUCUUGCAAAAUAACCAAGUAGGAAAUGCAUCUUUCUGUUCUAUAGUUUAGGCACUUCACCUUUUCAGCAUAAUUUUAUUAAUUUCAAUUCUGUUCCUAAACACAAACAGGGAAAGUGUUGCUAAUUGCUUACUUCUUUUAAGCCUGUGUGUUUCUUUUUCAUCGGCCAGCUAAUGAAGUCUCCUUUCAUUGUGGUCCAACUCUGAUUGGUGUCGAUGUUUAUGCAUUUGUACCUUAAUCUCUCAUGAGGUAAAUUCUGAUGCUACGAUCUUGGACAUCUUCAUUUAUUGAUAAUUACUCAGUGCUAUCUUCCUUGUGCAGAUUAAAGCUGUAUUUGAUGAAAUUCGGAGGAAGUCCCCAAACACCACGAGGUUUAGAUAAGGGCAAGAAUGAGCUAUGUCAGUAUAGAAAGGCAUUUUGAAGUUCUUUGCCAUUGGCAUUUGUCAUUUGCUCCAUGUUGUUAAUACUCUUCAAAGGUUCUUGAUAUAAGGCGACCUCUUCUCAUGUGGUGUAUUAGUCCUUUGCAAGGUUGAAAUCGUGCUAUUCUUUAGCAAAGGCUGCAUCACAAAUUGCUUGGAGGAAGACUGCAUGUGCAGGUGGUUUUAUAUGUGAAGUCAAGCAUAAAAUGAGAUUUGUUAACAAGAUUACCAUUUAGAUGUCCACUUCAAGCUACAGUUUUGUGACUGGGAGAGACUUUUUUCGUGGAAAAAGCAAAUGCCGUGGAAUCAAAAAAUAAUCUGUCAACUGCAGCCAAGAGUUUCAAUGAAAAGGUUUCCAAGAAGAUGGUAGUUUCUCAUUUGGAAGAAUUUUGAACCCAAAAUAAUGGCAUUAUAAAAUCAUCCGUUUGGUCUGGUUACAUCGGAAAUUCAUAUGUAGGCAUCUUCCAAUCAUUUUGGUCAUAUAACCUCAAACUUGAUUUAUUUAAGCAUGAAUAUAAAAGCAGAAGAGACACAGCCAUGUGCAUUUUCAUACCUAAAACCAAGUAAAGAGACCGGUUUUUUCUUGAAGAGCAGCAUUACUUCUCCCCUUCAAGAUUCUCUCAUGUGGAUGCAUGGAGCUCAUGCAGCUUAGAGUCGCUCCUUCAUGGUUGUUCGUGGUGUUUUCACCACUAAAACCAGAGAAGAGGAGAAGAAAGCAAAGAAGAUCAGAUCAUUGCUGGGACGGGAGAAGGUGCAUCUCAGCGUUCGGCUGGAUCGCCAAGUUGAAAUUGGGGAGAGUGUGGCAAUCUUAGGAUCCACAGGAGAUUUGGGAUCGUGGAAGAAGAAUGUGGCAACGGACUGGACCAAGAGCGGAUGGAAAUGUUUGUUUAAUGCCGUUGCAUUCUAAUGUUAUCAUUCUGGAACUCGAUAAGGCUCUGCAGAGGGAGGUAUGCACUACUAGUCAUACCAUAACAAUGGAAAAAUAACUUGUUUGCUCAUACUAUAUGAGCUAUGGAAUUGCACCUGAAAAAGUAUGCAAGUAUGCAUGAGGACAAUCUCCUUCAUUUCUAUCAGUUCAUCAAUGUGAUACUAUCCUUUGAAUGUUGUCAUAUAGGUUUCUGACUUUUUUAAUUUGAUAAGGUCAGUUCUCAUGCGACGUUGACUUUGUAAAGUUAAAAUUCACCUCCUAGCAAACUAUCCUGUUUUGCUGAUUUUGCUAACAGGAUAUUGCAAAAUAACCAAAUAAUAAAUUUAUCUUUCUAU